GUAGUAUCCAUUAUCCAUAGAUAACAGAACAGAUAACAAAAAACAAAAACAAAGUUAAUCCGAGUCUGUGAUCCGAGUCCACCACGGGAGUCCACGGCAUGUCCACGGAGUACGAGUCAAAGGAGUCUCAAAAUGGUCCAUGGUCCCAAAUAAAUAAACAAAAUACCAAAUACCUGUAACAAAUUGUGCAGAGCAUAUUCAAAUAAAAGUAGAGAAAUCAGGGAAAAUACUUAUUUGCCGUGUAAAUAUUUUUAAUUUUAUAUAUAAUGUGUAUGAACUGCAACAAUUGAUUAGGUUGACCAUGUUUUUCAUACAUAGAAUAUUUCUCAUGAAGAUGGUCAUCUGUCAAUGAUUUUUUCAUUACUUAUUUUUCUUGCCAAGCAGUUAAAAUAUAUUCAAGAAGGAGCCACUAAAUAAUCAGAAUUAGAGUGAGAUGGAUCAAUUGCAAUUUGAAGUCAUCCUUCUUUUAUUAUUAGCCGUAGUUGCUAGACUAGCAUACAUGAUACACAAGAUUACUACAGGGUCCAAUUUAUAUGCACCUAAAAGGUCUGCUCCCUGUAAAACUGCUAUAUGCAUUGGAUCUGGAGGUCAUACAACAGAAAUGUUGAAACUUAUAGAGAAUAUUUCUUUUCAACAUUAUAAUCCUAGAUAUUAUUUUAUUUCAAGUAGUGACAAAACUAGUUUACGAAAAGUUACUGAUUUUGAAAGUGAUAAAAGUUUUGCCAUAAAUAAAGAUUAUUUUAUAUGCUAUAUACCUAGAAGUAGGGCUGUAAAUCAGUCAUAUAUAUCAUCGGUUUUUACAACUUUAAUUUCAGUAUUUUACUCUUUUCCACAUUUUUUGAAAAUUAGACCAGAUAUGCUUUUAUGUAAUGGCCCAGGAACUUGCAUUCCUUUGUGUAUUAUAAGUUUUGUUUUAAAAUGCUGUUUUAUUUGUAAUACCAGAAUAAUUUUUAUCGAAAGCUUUUGUAGAACAAAAUCGUUUUCUUUAACAGGAAAAAUAUUAAUUUAUAUCGCUGAUAAUUUUUUAGUCCAGUGGCCGUAUCUAAAAAUAAAACUAAAGAGGUCUGAAUAUAUUGGUCAGUUACUUUAAUGCAAUUUGCAUAUUCUGAGUAUUUAAGAGAAAUCUGUAGAAGUUAGAAUAGAAUAACGAGACAUUUAUUUAUACCAUUAAGGACAUUGUUAAUUUCUCAUUAUAACGAAAUAUGUAGUACCCAACACAAAAAAUAAAUUUAUUGUUUACAAAGUC